AUGGAAAAUAAUAAUAAAAAUAAUAAUAAUAAUAAUAAUAAUAGUAGUAAAGGAAUGAGAAAAGGAGCAUGGACUAAAGAGGAAGAUCUUCUUCUCCGAGACUGCAUUCGUAAAUACGGAGAAGGCAAAUGGCAUCUCGUCCCUCUCCGUGCUGGGUUGAAGAGAUGUAGGAAGAGUUGCAGGCUCAGAUGGCUCAACUAUCUCCGACCCGAUCUUAACAGAGGCUUUUUUACUAAUGAUGAAGUUGAUCUCAUCGUCAGGCUUCAUAAACUGUUAGGCAACAGAUGGUCGCUGAUCGCCGGCAGACUUCCCGGACGGACUGCAAACGACGUCAAGAACUUCUGGAACAGCCACAUUUCGAAGCGACCGCCCAAAGAAAAAACCAUCACGGAGAGCAACAUCGUACGACCUCGGGCUCGGACCUUCUCCACCUCACACCCUCCGUCUUGGUCCACCAAACUAGCUGUGUCGAGCUCAUCCACGCCCGCUGAGAAACUUCCCACGAACAACGAUCCAACGAGGCCGUCUUCAUCAGCGCUGCAGGAUGAUCUGGACGAGUGCAUGCGGUGGUGGGGAGACUUGCUCGAGAUGUCGGAAAAUGGGGUGACCAAUCCGUUUAUGCUCUCCGAUGAUGACGUGGCACGUGUACCAGCGCAGGGGAUUGCGGCACCGAUGAAGAAGGCUUGAGCAAAAAUUCACCGUGGACCCAUUAAUGAUUGAUAUACAUAUAUACUUAUGCUUGUUGAGUGUAAAAUGAAAUGUGAGAUAAACUCAAACCAUAAACGGAUUGUUUUCCCCAUUUUCAUUUGUAAGAGUUGACUAUAUGCAUAUAAAGUUUGUUAGA